AUGCCAAUAUUAGUUGAUGUUGAUGUUGACGAUGAUGUUAGCAGUGAUACGAGCGUCACACUAUCGCUACCAUCAUCAUCAUCAUCAUCAUCAUCACCAUCAUCACUAUUCACAUCACAACGAUAUCGAUUCGUUGAUGAUGGCAAGGACGAUAACGAUGCCACAGCAAUAACAGCGACGACGGGUAUCGACGAUAAUAAUAAUAUGGUGGACAAGGACGCGGGGGGGGGGGGAUAG